GCGCCCCCUACCCUCAGCUCGCCAAUUCCUUCCGCUGCGGUGAAGUCACAGACCGACCUCAUCUCUCACAACCUCAGGCCUCAGGUCUGACUUACAGCCUAACCUCUCUUUCUUCAGCUGUGCUUUAAUUUUGAUAUCAGGAUAAGUAGAUAUCAUCCCCACAAUGUGGUGGUUGGACCCCGGAAAAGAGGUCCUGAAUGUGCUGUUCAAUAGGAUACUCGCCCCGUAUGUUGAGAACCUUGAUAUGAACCAAGUAAACUACGGCAUUGGGCAAGGUCAAUUAACGUUGCGCAACUUGCGUCUCAAGAAGGGCGCCUUGGAUAAAUUCAGACUUCCAGUCGAUGUUCUCGAAGGUCACCUCGGGACAUUCACACUGUCUCUCCAUUGGAUGAACUUGGGCAAUCAGCCUGUCGAGAUAUUGAUCGAAGAUGUGUAUCUGCUUGUCGUGCCCUCUCCGCAGACAAACAUUGAUCCAGAGGAGGAAAGACAGCGAGCACAGGCCGCCAAACUGGAGCGGUUAGAAAAUGCAGAACUUUUGCACAUGCGUGGUGCAGAAGUCUCCUUAGAGGAAUCUCCCCAGUCGCAGGGUCUGUGGGCCUCUUUAACGACCAAAAUAAUCAAUAACCUGCAGGUGACCGUGAAGAACAUUCACGUACGGUACGAAGACAGCUUGAGCGUGCCUGGCCAUCCUUUCGCCGCGGGCAUCACGUUGGCGGGUUUCACAGCGGUAUCAGUCAACGAGGAAUGGCAACCGGCUUUCAUAGAAAGCACCGCCGGUGCAAUACACAAGUUGGCUAGGUUGGAAUCACUAGCGGUUUAUUUUGAUACAGACUCGCAAAGUAUGGCAGGGUUGCCCCUGCCUGCAGCCAAAGAGAAGUUUAUUGCCAUGAUAUCACAAAAGGAUCAGCAGUCAUCCCAUCAAUUUAUCCUCAGCCCGGUAUCGGGUGAGGGAAGAAUUGUCGUGAAUCACAAACUUGAUCAGAAUACACCGCACUUCGACGUGCAAUUGCUUUUUGACGAGAUCGGCGUCGCCUUAGAUGACAACCAAUAUCGAGAUGCAAUAUCUUUGGUUGACAUGUACCAUGUCUACAUCCGUCAGCAUCAGUACAGAAAAUUUCGUCCAACCGACGAGGAGUUCAAGGCGAACCGAGCAAGAGCAUUGUUACGCUUUGCUGCCCAGGCGAUUCUGGAUGGUGUGCGCGAUCGACGACGUAAAUGGACUUGGGCAUACUUUGCGGAACGUCGAGAUGAUCGCAACAAGUAUGUCGAGUUAUUCGAAAAGAAGAUUGUGAAUUCAUUGCGCGAAUCCGACAUUACAUUGCUCAAUUCCUUGGAAUGUAAGUUGUCGUACGAGGACAUUCGCUUCUACAGGUCGAUAGCACGUUCCCGUCUACGAAAAGACAUGGAACUGAGGAAAAGGCUUGAGGAAGACCGCGCUACACAGCAACAACAACAACCUGGCGGUUGGAUGUCUUGGCUCUGGGGGUCCCAGGCAGAUCAGCCAAAAGACGACCCCGCUUUUGGAGGCCAAAUGACAGAGGAGCAACGCAAGCAGCUCUAUGAUGUGCUUGAUUACGAUGAGAAAUCGGCCAUCGUCGAUUCGUUCGAAGCGCCCCGGGAUGCUCUCAAGGCACGCGUGGUUGCGGAACUCAAGAAGGGCUCAUUUGCGCUGAAGGUUGAUCCGAGCGGCAAAGCCACCGAGGUUAUCUCUACCGUGUUCGACUCAUUUCGUGCCGAAGUCAUCCAAAGACCGGACAAUUUUGAGGCAUCUGUAUCCUUGAGAGGAUUUAGCGUUUUUGAUGGGACAACCAAGAACACACUAUAUCGACAGAUAGUUCAAGUCAAGACCCCGGUAGCAGAAGGUGUCAAGGCUAUUGAGCACGGGGACGUUGAAGAUCCGUUCUUCUUUGUGAAAUUUGAGAGUAAUCCUCUCGACCAACGCGCCGAUACUGCGCUCACAGCCCGCAUGCGUCACAUGGAAAUUAUUUACCACAGGGGGUAUGUCGAAGCGAUUUACAAGUUCUUUCGUCCGCCCGAGAGCCAGUUGGAAUCAGUCGAGGCUUUAUUAAAUGUAGCAAGUCAAACCUUGGAGGGGUUACGAAAGGAAACUCGGGCUGGUUUAGAGUAUGCUCUGCAAACUCAUAAAACUAUUGAUCUUCAACUGGAUAUGAACGCACCCAUCAUUAUUAUUCCAGAAGAUGUCACCACGCACCAAUGCAGUCAUCUCGUUAUCGAUGCUGGCCACAUAGCUGUCGAGAGUGAUUUAGCUGAUAAAAGUGCUAUGCGAGAGAUACAUGCAAAGCGAAACCAGCCAUACAAUGAGGAUGACUACAAGAGAUUGGAAUCCCUGAUGUAUGAUAAGAUGUUGCUCAAGCUCCAGGCGGCUCAGUUUGUCUUAGGCAACGACCUACAAGUUUGUCGUGAUGCUCUCACUUCUGAGAAGAGCGACACCCUCCAUCUACUGGAACGCAUCAACAUCAAUUUGCUGGUGCAGAACUCCAUUGUACCAUCUGCUGUCAAUCUCGCUCGCUUCAAAAUUUCCGGAAAACUGCCCAGCCUUCAAGUGAACGUCUCCGACGCCAAGUACAAAGCUUUAAUGCGCAUUAUAGAUGUUGCGAUCCCAAACUUUGAUGAUGGCGGCGACCAGAAGCCUCCUCAGAUGCACAUUGACACUGCACCACUCGCGUUGCCUUUGUCAGCUGGCCUGUUUGGGCCUGUUGGCACAGAAUACAAUGUAGAUGAUGAUGGGGCCGACAGCGAAGCUGCGUCGACACACAGAGAUGACUUGUUCUUUGAAGCAAGUGAUGGCUCGCUCGAGCAUCCUGAAAUCCGACAACACAUCUUUGAGCUUGAUUUUGAGGUUGACACCCUUCGUGGGGCUAUCUCGAAGUCUUGUAAUGAUGGCAGUGAGAAGCCACUUGGGGAAGUCAUCUUCCAGCAGUUCCGACUUGCGUUCUCGCUUCUCAAAUUCAAUAUGAACGUAGACAUUAACUUGAGAUCACUGGCGAUGAACGUCGUACAAGCUGCCGGAGAGCCCAUUCAGCUGAUGUCUUCAGAAAGCACGGGUUCGGUCAUUAAAGAUCUCAUGAAGAUAUCGUACAAACGGGUCCAGAAGAAUUCACCCGAAUUUGCUACCGUCUACGAGAGCAUCGAUCAAAGUGUUGAUGUCCAACUAUCCACGUUUAUAUUUCACGCUGCACCAGAACCAGUCGUGUCGCUGUACGAUUUCAUCAUGACGACUUUCGUUCCUCAAAACGCAGAGCAGUCCGCAAACACAACUCCAAGUGCAAUUGUUGUUUCGGCUGACGGGGAGUUGUCGCCGCCUCCUAGCGACACGGGAACCAUCAGAGUAUCUGUCAGACUUGAUAGUGUGCAAGUCAUGCUCCUCAACGACUUCAAUAGCUUGGCCACUCUUUCUUUAUCUACUGCAGAUGUUCAGUUGCUUCUCCGGGCGAACACGAUGAGGAUUACCGGUCGCUUAGGAAGCCUUGCAUUGAGUGACGAUCGCUCAAAGGAACUUGCCAGGUCGCAAUUCAAGCAAAUCUUGUCGAUCGAGGGCAAAAACUUCGCGGAAUUCCGUUAUCAAACCCUUGAUACUGCAGAAACUUCAAUCUCGGGCUUUAACUCAUCUUUUUCUCUGAAUGUCGGGUCUCUCAAGGUCCACUUUUUGGAGCAACCUCUGCACGACAUUUAUCUAUUUGUCACCAAGCUAGCAAAGCUUAAGGUUCUCUAUGAUGCUGCGCGUGACGCUGCAGUCCAGAGAGCUUCGGAGAUUGAGAGAAUGCAAUUUGACGUCUCCGUCAAGACACCAAUUAUCGUUUUCCCUUCAGAUCCUAGCCGUUUGCAAGACGUCCUGGUCAUGCGACUGGGAGAGAUCAGCGCUCGUAAUUCACACGAGGCUGACGCUAGUAAAAUCACCGCCAGUUUAUGUGGCAUCCAGCUAGUGUCCGACAUCUUCUAUGAUGAGGAAUCCUCUAUGCUGAAGAUGGUCGAUGACAUAGACAUCGUUGCGGAGGUGAUUCAAACAAGCGGAAUCGAUCGACUGCAGGAGAGUGGACUUCCAGACACCCAGAUUGCAGUGAAGAUAUCUGAUGUCAAGCUGUACUUGACACAGACUCAAUACAUUCUUCUCAUGAAACUCGUGCAGUCCAUACCCAAAGUUCUGGUCGCUUCACCGGAAGGAAAUGCCCAGGCAGAGUCAGCAUCGCCCGUGCAUAUCAGCGACAGCAGCGGUACUUAUAGCAAUCCUGUGGUGGACCUUGAGCCCGAACUCCACGUAGCUGAAGGAAUCCGCGCGUGGACGACUGUGGAUUUGGUCGCUUCCGUCAAGAUGGUAAAGUUGCACCUGUACGAUGAUUUGGCAACCCGUGAAGACAACCUUGAAGACCAUGGCAUAGCACGCUUUGCCCUCAAUGAUAGUAGCUUGCGCUACAAAUCGAUAUCUGAUGGCGCUGCGGAGGCUCAAGUUGUGUUGAAGUCAUUCACAAUAAGCAAUACCCGCCCAGGAGGGUCCAAGUUCCGUGAAAUUAUACCUGCGGCAGACCACGACCGUAAUCAAUUCAUGGUGCUCUACACGAUGUCUGGCAGCUCUUCAGUGGCCAUUCUGACUGUGGAUUCACCGCACGUCAUUCUGGCUAUCGAUCCCGUCAUCGCAUUAUUGGAGUUCUUCACGAGCGCAUUUCAGCAGGACACCCCAGCUGACAUUGACCACUCAUCUACGGCUGAGUCUCAACGCGAGGUACCUCAGUCUCGACUUGAUUUCCGACUUGGUCUGCACGAUGUUUCGGUUAAUGUGCUAGAGAACGAUGAAGACGCGAAUUCCCAGGCUAUCAGGCUGUACAUUGACCAAAUUCUGCUGUCACAACAAGGGAUCCUUGCGUUGACUGUCAAUCAACUCGGGAUGUCACUUAUCCGCAUGGGCGCCGAUGCAGACACUGUACGCUUUUUGGAUGAUGUUGACUUGACCUUCUCUAUGGAUAGUCGAUCUUCGACAAGAGAACAAAUGACGAGCAUGGAACUCGCUGCCAAACCUAUUGUGUUCCGGGCCUCCUACCGAGAUAUCAUGCUAAUCACCACCAUCGCUAGCAAAGCGGUGGACCUGUAUGGCAAAUCUCAAAACCACUCUCCCGUGACCAGCACCGCUAACGCGAAGUCCGUACAACCAUACGAGGGGUCCAACCAAGCAUCACGAUCUAAUGCCACGAGAAGCCACAGACAAGCUAUCGGGGAAGCCCGCGUUUUGGUAUCCAAAGAACAGCUCAAAGCAUCGUUCGAUGGAUUUCGUCUGAUUCUCAUAGGCGACAUGCAUGAACAGCCUAUGCUUCACUUAAAGGUCAAGCCAUUUAUCAUCGGAGCUCGGGAUUGGUCUACAGACCUUCGCGCUACUGCUACCCUUGCGACCCAAAUUAGCUACUGGAACUUGACAAAUUCACACUGGGAACCUUUAAUCGAUCCGUGGACUUUUACUCUUUCAGUUGGCCGAGAUCAACGCUCUAGUGAAUUCAAGGUAUCGGUGUCAGCGCAAGAACGUUUAGAUCUCAACGUCAGUACUACUUUUGUGGAGCUCGCUGUCACUUCUGCCAAUAUGUGGGGUAAGGACGGACAAGUCGUGCUACAGAAGGCCCGUGGAAGCUUUGCACCAUACCGUAUCAGAAACCGCACUGGCUCCCCCCUCUUCGUUUGGUCUGACGAUGACGCUAGUCGCAGUUCAAAAGACGCCAGUACAGUCAAAAUUGCAAAUGAUCAAACUAUAGACUGGAGGUUUGAUGACUGGAAGACAAUGCGCGAGCAUGUCUCGACGUCUGAACAACACAACAUCGGCAUACAGAUUGUCGGCAAGCCAUGGGAAGCACUGAGGGGCAUACCAGUUGACAGAGAAGGGGAAUUUACGUUCUCCCUUCGCCCUCGAAUGGAGAAAUAUGCCGAUCGCCUGCUGUGUGCUGUUUCGGUUGAAGACAACGUAAAAAUCGUUACGCUCCGUUCCACGUAUCUGGUCGAGAAUCAGACCUUCUAUCCACUGGAACUUAUGCUAGUGGAUCAUACGGGACAUCCAGUUUACUCGUUGGAAAAGAUAGCCCCUGGCCAGGACUACUCUCUGCCCAUAGAAGCAGUAACUCAGAACAGAAUCAGAUUGCAGCCAGAUCAGGGGUUUGGGUAUAGAUGGUGCUCUUCCAUACGCUUUGAGGACCUCAUUGCCAAGAAGAGUCUCACAAUUAGUUGCCCUCACAAUGACCAGCGAGAAGCUCCCUUCCGAUUUCAAGCUUGGGCACAAAGUGACUCAAACGAGUCUGGAACACGGAAACCUCCGAAAAUCAAACUGAAACUCCGCGCUCCAAUCGAGCUUGAGAACCUACUGCCUUACAAUAUCCAGUAUAGAAUAUAUGACAAGGAUGCUGAUCAAAACUGGAAGAGCUACCUCAGAAAGGGUGGCGUCAUGCCAGUGCAUUCUGUGGAACUAGGUCAUUUGGUCCUAUUGAAUGCUGAAGUUCAGGAUACGAUCUUCAAGCCCAGUGACUUCGCCAUUAUCAACACUGAUCGGAACUCAGACUUUGAAGUAGAGUCUCGCCUGAGUCUGCGGGACCAGAGUAAUCGCAAACUUGAUCUACGUUUAAACUACGUACGCUAUCCCGAGUCCGGCGGUGCCUUCAAAGUGCAGAUAUAUUGCCCGUAUCUCAUCGUUAAUAAGACCGGGUUGCCUUUUGGUGUGAAGGCUUCACGCUCUCAUCGGGCGACAUCCCCUGUCGAGAUUGCCGCUGAUACUAGACUCGAUGUCAUUUCCAAGCCAGUUCCAUUCUUGUUGUCACACCCUAAUGACAAUGGUCAUGCGUUUGUGUUCAAAGUCGGUGAAUCUGGCUGGUCGAAGGUCUUCAGUCUAGAGGCUCCUUCUGCUGAAACUGAGAUUGUUACACCAUCCUCAAGGCAAAAAGCAGAGGAAUAUCACAUUGGAUUGUCAUGGACUGAAGGGUUGGGGAAAUACAAGCUUACCAAGGUUAUAACUCUCGCCCCAAGGUUUCUCAUCAAGAACAACCUGCCUGAUCCCAUAUGCUUCAGAGAGCAUGGCGCAGCACCCAGAGGACGUGCAAUACUCGAUCCAGGUGAACGUUGUCCAAUGCAGAUCAUGCGUGCCAGCCGGGAAAAAUUGCUCACCAUUGCGUACCCUGGACUCAAUUCCCAGUGGUCUUCACCUAUAAACAUUGAAGAUAUAGGUUCCAUUCACCUUCGCGUUCGACUACCAGAUGGCGACAUGCAUAUAGUGAAGGCCGACGUUGUGAUUGAUGGAUCCACGAUAUUCGUAAUACUGUCUGCUGCGGAAAAGUGGCCCUUCGUGAUUGAGAACGACAGCGAUUUCUCUGUCUCCGUGAUGCAAUGGGAUUCCAGUCGUGGUGACACUGACGCAGUGAAAUCUUCGACCCCACGAUACAAGUUGGGGCCUCACUCAAGCAUGACAUAUGCCUGGGACCAACCUGCUGUCAGGGAAAAGAAAAUCAUGCUCAUGAUAAAUGAUUCUCGCCGCCCUGUGGAUAUCAUGGAAAUUGGCGUUCUCGUACCAUUCAAGUUCCAUGAUCGCCAAAGGACCCGUGCCGUUUCAUUAGAUGUGAAAGCAGAUGGACACCAACAGAUAUUGCGGAUCACACCAUAUGUUGCUGAGCAUAGUCUCUACAAGCCGAAACACCACAGUUCGAGCUCCCUCUCGCGGUCUGACACCAUGACCAGCAGCUCAGAAGGUUUUGAGGCGAUCAUGGAAGACGUGUCUCCAACAUUGACAUUCAACGUGGAGUUCGCAGGAAUAGCAAUAUCCUUGGUUAACCGCAAGAUGGUCGAAGUUGUUUAUACGUCUAUCGAGGCUUUCAAGUUCGAGUACAGCAACAGUCCUGUUUCACAGUCGGUGAACCUGUCCUGUGGCUCACUACAAAUAGACAACCAGCUACACGAUGCGCUAUAUCCAGUCAUCCUCCAGCCUAGCCCGAUAUCCAAGGAAGCUAGUGGUAUUGCAAUUCUGCCGACAAUACAGGGUUCAGUGAUUUGGCUCAAAGACCAAGAACACGGCGUCUUAUUCGUCAAGUAUUGCUCUGUCCUCCUCCAGGCGCUGACCAUCGAAGCAGACGAAGAUCUACUUUUCGCAAUAUAUGAUCUUACCCAAAUCCAGGGUGUGUCAUGGGAAGAGAACACUGAGGAUGUUUUGAUACAACAUCCAGAAGAAAUACCAGAACCUCAGCUUUCUGCUCCCGGACAAGAUGUCUACUUUGAAGUUUUGGAACUUCAACCAAUACAGCUGUCUCUCUCGUUUAUGCGUACCGAAAGAGUUAGCAGCGAGGAAAAACUCAGCAUUCGCAACCCUCUAGCUGUUGUCGUCAAUGCAUUGACAAUGACUUUGGGUAACGUCAAUGACGCGCCGUUGGAGUUGAACGCACUGGCCAUCAAAGACAUGCGACUGACGAUACCUGAAUUGCAAGCUAGGAUUGCUUACCAUUACCGUCAGGAUAUUCUUCGCCAGCUUUAUCGCAUCCUCGGAUCAGCCGAUUUUAUUGGCAAUCCUGUUGGGCUCUUCACGAAUGUCAGCUCUGGCGUGUCAGACAUUUUCUAUGCCCCGUACAAUGGGGUCGUUAUGCAUGGCAACAAGGAGCUAGGGAUUGGAAUUGCCAAGGGUGCUGCUAGCUUUGUGAAAAAAACGGUGUUUGGCUUAUCAGAUAGUAUGACCAAGUUCACUAGCAGUGUUGGCAAAGGGUUAUCUGCAGCAACGUUUGAUUCUGAGUAUCAGGCUCAACGUAGAAUGAGUCAGCGGCGCAACCGCCCGCGUCAUGCUAUCUACGGGGUUGCAGCAGGGGGUGAAGCCCUUGCGAGUAGCGUGGUCAGCGCAAUGGAAGGGAUCGUUACAAAACCUAUACAAGGCGCUGAAACAGAAGGGGCGCUCGGCUUCUUCAAGGGCGUUGGAAAGGGCCUCGUGGGCGUUGUUACCAAACCGGCCGUUGGGGUCUUUGACCUUGCGUCUAAUUUAUCCGAAGGGAUCCGCAAUACAACUACUGUAUUCGAUAAACCAGAGAGAGAUCGUGUUCGUCUGCCGAGACAUGUCCCACCGGAUGGCAUUUUGGUGCCGUUCUCUGCUCGUGAAGCCUUGGGUCAGUAUUGGAUGAGGGAUCUUGACAAUGGCGCAUUUCGCAAAGAGGCCUACGUUGCACACAUCGAUUCCCCCGGUAGCGACAACGUCAUAUUGCUGACUUCGACACGAAUCCUUUCCUUUUGGUCGAAAAAGCUCCGCCUUGAUUGGAAUGUCCCCCUGGCCAUGGUGCAGGGCAUUGCAGUGGAAGAUACUGGCAUCCGUUUCACCCACAAGUCUGGAAAAGACAAUGACAAAUUCGUAUUCAUACCAGACAAAACAUCUCAAGCUUGGUUCUUUAGUCAAAUCGCGGCUGUAGUCAAAGCCUUCAACAAUCGUCGUAGAAUGGAUUCAUGAUAGAACGCAAAGGAUUUGGAUUCAAUGUAAAGACUGUAUUCUCUAGCAUUUGUACUAUGCACAAGUAGAUCACUAUAUAUGCAAUGAAGCUG